CAAAACGCAUUAGUUAAGUGAUUGUUGUGGGAAAGGGUGUAUUUAAUUUUCUCUGCCCCCAAAUUGACUAAUUAUCUCCAUUUACAAUGUGUGAUUAGAAAACAGUGGGUGAAACCAUGGCAGCUGCUAACGAAGAACAAAUUCUAGAAGGUUUUCUGUGCCCCAUUUGUAAGGCAGACUUAAAAUCGGCUACUCAACUCACGAGCCACUUUGAGAGUCAACAUCAGGAAGACCAAGAUGUGCUGAGGUCUCUGAAGGAUAUAUUCGGUAAAGCGAAGAAGAUUAUAUUGAAUAAUGAUGAUACAGAGUUGAAAGAGACGUUCGAUCGGGCGUUAAAGAUUAAUUAUCAGGAGCAGUAUUACUAUCAGAAUGAGGAUCAGGUAGUGGGUAUUUCGAGGAGUUCUACUGACUACUUUAAAGGAGUAAGGUCUGCGCGACUGGAGCGGUAUGCGACUGAAACUAACAAGCUCCUCAUAAGGCUGGACAAACUGGUGUGCAACAUGCCAGCUGAGCCCAAUCAAAGGAAACAACAUGAACAGGAAGUGGUGCCAUGGCUAGAUGGAUCCUCAGUAAAGCUCUGUCCAAACUGUGCAAAGGCUUUCAACCUGACAAGAAGAAAACAUCACUGCAGGCUUUGUGGUUCUAUUCUCUGCAAUGACUGCUCACUCUUCUUAGAUUUAAAUAUAGCUAGAUCAAUUGUAGACCCAUCAGCACCACAAACAAAAGUACAUUCAGAACAAGAAGUGACAGAGAAGACAGGGCUGCGGUUAUGUGAACAUUGCUACAACCUGAUAGAGUUACGGAAACAAGUACAAGAGAACCGGAAUGCUAAGACGGUGCUGAUGACUGCAUAUGAGCAGAUGAGGAGUCUUAUGGACCAAGCCACACCUUCCGUUGCUAUGUAUGAAAAGAUGUGUCAAAGCCUAUUUGAUGGAGAGUCCACAUACAACUUGUCAGAUGUAAACGCAAUGCGGGGGAAGAUUGGCAAGUUGGCUGAGGGUAUAGACUUGCUGAGUAAACAGAUAGCCGGGUUCCCCGCCGAACCUGGCACGCGGCAAGCGAAGCUGCAGAACUCGAUCAGACAAGCAGCUGCUCAUUAUAUAAAGGAGGAGCUGCUAUCCCUCCGUAAGCUACCAACGGAGGCUCAGAUCGAUGAAGUACGACGACAGCGGUACGAGAGGGCGCAGCGCCAAGUGCGGCUCGAGCGCGAGCGCGCGGAGGCCGAGCGAGCGGCCGCGCCCGCGCCCUCCACCGGGGCGGAGCCCCGCGCCACCACCAGCGCCCACGACGAUGACAACCCUAUACUCGAGCAGAUGAACAUUAUCCGAGGAUACAUUAAGGAGGCGAGGAAGGAUCUCAAGUUUGAAGAGGUCGCGAUAUUAGAAGCGAACCUAAAGGAACUCAAGAAAGAAUACCAGUUACAAAUGCUCUCAAACAAAAUCUAGUCAGUGAAGUAAAAAUAUACUUUCAUAGUAACGAAAUAAGCUACAAAUCUAUAUCCAAAGCGCUUGUUAUGUACAUACUUCUAUAUUAUAGAUUUAUUUAUA